AAGCGCUGUCGCCAGGCUCUCUGAGUGCAGCUGGCACCAUGGGUGUGCUCCAGGGCAACUUGUGUUUGCUCUGAGCCCCCUGCCCUGCCUCCCCUUUCACCACGUUUCCUCUGGCAAGAUCUUAAAUACAGCAAUUCAAGAAGAUCUCUCCUCCUAAAGCACAUUAAUCUGAAGUGUAUUGCCUCUUGAAUGCUGGAAAAGAAUAUAAAAUUCAUUUCAAAAAUAACUUACAAAUCUAUUAAAAGUGAUGAAAGGAGUCUUAAAAUUGAUGAACACUAAUUUUCUACUGUGCGAAAUUGUUCAGUGUCUUUCAGAGGAGACUGUAACAUAUCUCGUGAGUGUGCCAUGCCAGUAGGGAGAAUUGAAUGUCCCUCAUCUCCCUCUCUCCCUAGGGAUAGUAGUCAUGAUUGCCGCGUGUGUGGAGUCACAAUAGUGGGUCUCUCUGCAUAUGCAAAGCACAUUUCUGGCCAGUUGCACAAAGAUAAUGUUGAUGCCCAAGAAAGAGAAGAAGAUGGAAAGGGAGAAGAAGAGGAAGAAGAGUAUUUUGACAAGGAACUUGUUCAGUUAAUAAAACAAAGGAAAGAACAAAGUCGACAGGACAAAUCUUCUAAUAACAGCCAGGAAAUAAACUCAGAUGGCAGACAACCGCAGUGGAGGCGAGAAGAUCGAAUUUCUUACCAAGACAGGGAGACUUACAGUCAAUCUGCAAGGCAUCAUCGUGGACCUCCACAGUGGGAUUGGAAAUGGGAAAAAGAUAGCUUUACUAAUAAUAGGAAAAAUAGCUUUUCACAUUCUUUGAGGAAUAGUAGUGGGCCAAGAGGAUGUACUGGGUGGCAUAAUGGGAUUACAAGAGGCUCCUCAACUUGGUUUCACAACCAUAGUAAUUCUGGAGGAGGUUGGCAUCCAAAUAAUGGGAUGGCGGAUUGGAAUUAUAAUGGUCCAGGAAGGAAUUCCAGUUGGCAUUCUGAAGGAACAGGUGGUUUUUCCAGUUGGCAUAUGAACAACAGCAACGGAAACUGGAAAUCCAAUGGACGUAAUAUAAAUAGUUGGAAUUACAGUGGCCCCGGAGACAAAUUUCAAUCAGGCAGAAACAGAAAUUCUAACUAUCAGAUGGAAGAUAUGAAUAUACCGUGGAACAAGAAGUCUAAUAUGUCAUGCAAAUACAAUCAAGAGAGAUAUAAUUGGCAACAGCAAGAUAAUGACAAAAUUGGUAUGGUUGCAGCAUACGGAAGUCCUUCUGAAGACUUUACUAGUGAUAGAUUUCCUUCAGAAGACUUACAUGAUUUCAAUUUUGAGCAGCCAGAAAGCCAGACUACUAAACAGACAGAGAGUGCAGCUACCAAAACCGGUGGAAAGAAUAGCAGCGUACCAAAGGAGAAGCUCCAUCGCUGGACUCCAUAUCCUUCCCAGAAGACUCUGGAUUCACAAUCUGGAUUGAAAGAAGUCACUGACAGUAAAUCAGAAACAACAGAUAAGCCUCUCUUUGAUUUUAGCUUGAUAACCGCAGGAAUACAAGCACCUCUAAUUGAGGAAAUUAAUAGUUCCCCAACACUAAAAACACAAAAAGAAAUACAUAAUGGAUCUCUUAAUCACAAAGCCCCUUCUGACUGCCCUGCUUCCUGUGAGGUGGUGAGAGAUUGUCCUGUUACAGAUAACCCUAAGCAACGACAUAACUCAAACAAGAUGCCGUCCUUGAAAUCCCCACUUCUUCCACUUCCGGCCACUAAAUCUGUUUCUCAAAAACAAGAUUCAAAGACUCCCUCAAAAAACACCAAAACAAAUUCUUCUGCUGCAGAAAAUUCAAAUCCUUUGAACAAAUCCACUUUAGAAGAUAACCAAGGUUUUUCCUCCAUGUCCAAAUUACGUAGUUCAUGUUCUAAUGUUUUAAAAGCAAGUAAGAUUGCAUCUGGCACUCCAAAAGAAUCUGAUGUUAAUUUAAGUGAUACAAUACAAAAAGCCAAAGAAGUGUUACAGUGUCAUGAGUCAUUGCAAGAUCCACCUCUUAGCACUUCUAAAAGGACCAGGAUCUAUGCGAAAGCAAGUAGGAAUGUAGAAGAGUCUGAAAAAGGAUCUUUGAAGAUUGAGUUUCAAGUGCAAGCAUUAGAAGAUGAAAGUGAUGGAGAAACAUCUGACACAGAAAAUCGUAGAACAAAAAUUGGAACCCUGGGUUCUGUAGCUACAGAGGUUUUAUCCUGCAGCACUCAUACUGUUGAUGAGAAAGAAGGGGAUGACCAGAUCUUGAAAGUAUCUAGAAAACUUUCUUCCACCUCAUGUAAUUCCACAGUUCAUGAAAAAGAAUCGGAGUUACAAAUGCCAUCUGCAGCCAGUCCACACUCUGGUUUAUUACUAGAUUUGAAAACUUCUCUAGAAGAUGGCCAGGGUGAUAACCCUGUUAAAUCUCACAUAUCUUAUGAAACAGAAGCCUUUGAGAAUACUAGCUUGGAAGGAGAACUUCACAAAAGUGAUAUCAGUCAGCCUUCCAGUUCUCUCCUGCCCGAACUAAGUAAGCUUGGCUUUCCUGCCUCACUCCAAAGAGAUCUAACCCGGCACAUUAGUUUAAAGAACAAAACUGGAGCACACCUUCCUGAGCCAAACCUUAAUAGUGCUCGCCGCAUUCGCAAUAUUAGUGGUCAUCGAAAGAGCGAAACAGAGAAAGAAUCUGGGCUCAAGCCAACCCUACGACAGAUUCUAAAUGCAUCUCGGAGAAACGUCAACUGGGAGCAGGUCAUUCAGCAAGUAACCAGGAAAAAGCAAGAACUGGGCAAAGGCUUACCCAGGUUUGGCAUAGAAAUGGUACCUCUGGUUCAGAACGAACAAGAGGUCUUGGAUUUGGAUGGGGAGCCUGAUCUGUCUAGUCUUGAAGGGUUCCAGUGGGAAGCUGUUUCCAUUUCUUCAUCCUCUGGGUUGGCCAGAAAGCGAAGCCUUUCUGAGAGCAGUGUGAUCAUGGACAGGGCUCCUGUGUAUAGCUUCUUCAGCGAAGAAGGUACUGGCAAAGAAAAUGAGCCCCAGCAGAUUGUUUCACCUAGUAACUCACUGGGUGUUACACAGCAUCAGAAAACAACACUGUGCCUUAAACAGGAAGCAGCACCUCUGGCCAUCUCCUUCAGAACACACGAAAAAGCUGAAAACUUUGCUAUCCAAAGGCGACAUAGUACACAAUUGCCAUCUGAUCAUAUGAUACCUUUGAUGCAUUCAGCAAAAGAUAUGAAUAGCCAGGAGUGUUCUCCAUCGCCAUUCAAGACUCACAAUGCUCAGGAGAGCACUGGAGAAGGAAGCAGUCUGUCAUCAAAUGUGUCCUCAGUCCUUGCAAUCUCCUGCUUAGCAGAUGCAGCCACAGAUAGUAGCUGUACCUCUGGUGCUGAGCAAAAUGAUGGCCAGAGUAUUAGAAAGAAGCGAAGAGCCACUGGAGAUGGAUCUUCUCCUGAACUCCCAAGUCUUGAGAGAAAAAAUAAAAGAAGAAAAAUUAAAGGAAAGAAAGAACGGUCUCAGGUUGACCAGCUAUUGAAUAUCUCCUUAAGAGAGGAAGAACUAAGCAAAUCCCUGCAGUGCAUGGAUAACAACCUCCUGCAAGCCCGGGCAGCUCUGCAGACUGCAUAUGUUGAAGUUCAGAGGCUACUCAUGCUCAAGCAGCAGAUAACUAUGGAGAUGAAUGCACUGAGGACCCAUAGGAUACAGAUUCUACAGGGAUUGCAAGAAACAUAUGAACCAUCUGAGCACCCAGACCAGGCAGCCCAUAACCUCACUGGAGAUCAGAGGAACAACAGAUCUCAGACAUCUGCUGAUACCACACUGCUACCUGCUCCUCUUUUUCCAGCUUUUCUGGAGCUGCCUCCUUCCCAUGGGUGCUUAUCACCUGCUGGAGCCCCUCUCCAAGUAACCGCAUCUGCUACAUUCCAAGCCCAUGGCAGUAUCCCUGCUCCAGAUUCAUCGGUUCAGGUUAAACAAGAGCCCAUGUCUCCUGAACAGCAUGAGAGUGUCAGUGCCAUGUCACAAGGCUACGCUUGCAGUGUGCCCAAGGAAUUAUUGCAAGCUAAUAGAGAAAUCAGUGAUGGUCAUCUGAUUAAUUCAGGCCUCAUGGCAACAGACACUUGUCAGGAGCCUAACCAAGAUCUGAAGUUUUCUGUGGAGCAGGGAAGUAGCAGAAGCAGAGAAAACUCUCCUUCUCCUCAAUCAACUGAUCUUCCUAGCAUAAAUAAAGAAGAAGAACCAACCCAAGGCAACAGUGGGUCUGAGGCCUGUAGCAGUUCCUUUCUAAGAUUAUCUUUUGCUUCUGAAACCCCUAUAGAGAAAGAACCUCCCUCUCCUGUUGAGGAGCCUGAGCAACAGGCAGAAUCUACUCUGACAUCUCUUGAAACCAGGGGAAACAAGAAAAAGAAGAAACUUCGGAAGAAAAAAACGCUACGUGCUGCUCAUGUUCCUGAGAAUAGUGACACUGAGCAGGAUGUAUUUACUGCUAAACCUGUAAGGAAAGUAAAAAUGGGCAAGUUACCUAAAGGAGGGAAAGUGACCACCUCCACCUGGGAGGACAGCAGAACUAGUCGGGAACAAGAGAGUCUCCGAGAUGAGCCAGAGAGCGACUCCUCUCUGGAAGUUUUAGAAGUUCCUCAUCCACAGUUAGAAGUAGUAGCCAUCGAUUCUUCUGAAUCUGGAGAAGAGAAACCAGAUAGUCCCUCCAAAAAGGAUAUUUGGGACACUGCAGAGCAAAAUCCAAUAGAAACUUCUCGUUCUGGUUGUGAUGAAGUCAGCUCCACCAGUGAGAUUGUCACUCAGAACAAGGAUGGCGUCCUUGUAAGUGUGGCAGAAACUCAGACUGUGAUCAGCUCCUUAAAAGGCUCAAAGAAUUCUUCAGAAAUAUCUUCAGAGCCAGGAGAUGAUGAUGAGCCCACAGAAGGAAGCUUUGAAGGGCACCAGGCUGCAGUGAAUGCAAUUCAAAUAUUUGGAAAUUUACUGUAUACUUGUUCAGGGGAUAAAACUGUCCGAGUGUAUAAUCUGGUGAGUCGGAAGUGUAUUGGCGUCUUUGAGGGCCAUUCUUCCAAAGUGAACUGCCUCCUGGUUACUCAGACCUCUGAGAAGAAUGCUGCACUCUACACGGGUUCCAGUGAUCACACCAUUCGCUGCUACAAUAUUAAGACCCGAGUGUGCGUAGAGGAGUUAAAGCUGGAAGACCGGGUUCUCUGCCUCCACAGUCGAUGGCGAAUCCUAUAUGUAGGACUAGCAAAUGGCACUGUGGUCACCUUCAACACAAAGAACAACAAACAACUAGAGAUCUUUGAAUGCCAUGGACCAAGGGCUGUUAGCUGUCUUGCUACAGCCCAAGAAGGUUCCCGAAAGCUGCUGGUCGUGGGAUCUUAUGACUGUACCAUUAGUGUGCGGGAUGCCCGAAAUGGACUGCUCCUUAGAACUCUGGAAAGCCACACCAAGACCAUUCUGUGCAUGAAGGUGGUGAAUGACCUUGUGUUCAGUGGCUCCAGUGAUCAGUCUGUCCAUGCUCACAACAUUCACACUGGUGAACUCGUGCGGAUCUAUAAAGGUCAUAACCAUGCAGUGACCGUGGUGAAUAUCCUAGGAAAAGUGAUGGUGACUGCUUGCUUGGAUAAAUUUGUUCGUGUCUAUGAAUUACAGUCUCAUGAUCGACUGCAGGUUUAUGGAGGACACAAAGACAUGAUUAUGUGUAUGACCAUCCAUAAAAGCAUGAUUUACACUGGCUGUUAUGAUGGCAGUAUUCGGGCUGUGAGGCUAAAUCUGAUGCAGAAUUACCGCUGUUGGUGGCACGGUUGCUCUCUGAUAUUUGGUGUUGUAGAUCAUUUAAAGCAACACUUGCUGACUGAUCACACUAAUCCAAACUUUCAGACCCUAAAGUGUCGCUGGAAGAACUGUGAUGCUUUUUUCACGUCUAGGAAAGGAUCCAAGCAGGAUGCUGCAGGACACAUUGAACGACAUGCUGAAGAAGAGAGCAAAAUUCACUCAUGAAGUUUUUUGCCUCCCAUGUUGGGAAGUCAUUAGUUGAACUAUUUUCCUUUGUGCUCCUCACACAGGCACUCUUUUCCUUUCCUGGGGAAGUAGGAAAGGAGAAAAUGGUUACUGGCCAGGUUGACCACUAACAUGUGUGGGGAGCUCUGUGAGAUGGUAGACUAUACUUCAAGAUCUUGCUGGAGUGUUGGAACAGCCAAUUUCCAACAGUCUUUAAAGAACCAUGAGGCAUGACAUAGGGAAAUUCAUGUUACCAGCAUUCUCCAGAUAUCCACUAGAGAUCCAGAUCUUAAUUUGUUGCCCAGUCUGACUACUAGUCAUGUGUAUUUUAUUGAUACCAGUUUUUAAUUUUUAUCUCAUGUUCUUAAUGAUGGCUUAAACCUACUCUCAGGUUUUUGGAACAAGCUUAUUCCAAUGCUAAAUUUUUCACAGGGAUCUAUUUCAGUAACAUAAGUGCCUGCCUGGCAAGUGUGUGGUCGUGAGUUCAACCCCUGGUACCAAAAUCAGUUUUAAUUUCUCUAGUUGCAGUAACUGGGUAUUUAAAUUGGCAGAUAGUUUCCUUCAUGAUUAUGUACAGUGUGUUUCACUGUUUAUCUGCUUUGUUGAAGGGCAGAGCAGGCUUUAAAUGCUAAAGAAUACACAAAUUUUUGCAAAGCAGCUAAAAUGGCUGCUCUGCACACUGUAUAUUUUAAGAAUUCAGAAAACAAGUCCCACAGUGGUGAUUUCUUCCUGACAGCAUUUCCUGGUGAACUGCUAUGCUCAACGUGAGGCAGCGCAUAGCCUAUCACUUGCCUUUUGAGUCUUGCUGCUAGACCUGAGCGCUUGUGCUGCAGUACUGUCAGACUGAACUGAGGUAUACCUUUAUGUCCCUCUCCAGGUUCUGGAGAACCUUGUGUGGGUCUGACCCUUUUGGUUUCCACCAUUGUCUACCCCUGUCUCCCUGUGCCUGGACUAAGGCAGCCAGUAAGUGUUCCACCAGACUCACAGGGUGCUCCCUGCCCAUCUGUGGCACCCAAGAUGGGAGAAUUAGAAUAAAGCAUCAGGAUCCAGUUUCAGGGCUUCCAGGAGGCUUCCUGGAGACUCAUUUCUGAAGCCAGUGUCUUUGCCUUCACUUUCCCACUAGGUGGAAGAGGAGGAUGGAGUAUGGUGGAGGAAAGCCUCUGCCUGUCCAUUGCCAAUAUUCAAGCCAACAAAACCUGCGUAGGACUGCUUUGUUUUUUUAGAAUUCUCUGUAUUCUUAUUUGUGAAGUUGUACAAGUGUCUUUCUAACCUUUGUGUUUCUGGAGUUUCAAAGCUCAGAUUUCUUCAGAUAAGGAAGGGGGAAGAGCCCAGGCCACAUUCUGAGCUUCAAGAUAUUAUGACACCUACUGUUAUUUCGGAUGGCAGAGUAUCUGGGUUACUACCCCCUACCAGUGCACACACACAUCUGCAUGUCUUCUCUCAGGCUCUAGGGCAGUGACUUCACCUAGGGUUUCUAAAUAAGCUACAGGAGGCUCUUCAAGCCCUGAAAGUAUAUACAAGAUAAUGUGUGUGGUUUCUUUUUUUUCUCCAGAAAAGGCUCCAGUAGUUCUGACUGGAGCCAGAACUAGUUUAGGAACUACUACUAGAUAAUGGAUGACUAACCUCAUGCCUAUUCUGUCCUUGUGAGUGUCCUUUUUGUUAACCACACUGUUUAGAUUUGCAUGAGCUGAAGAGAGAACAGAGCUCUUAUAGAUAAAGUGUAAUCAUGCAGUUUCUGUGUGUGAGAUUAACGGAUCUUUCCCCACCUCUUACCCCUGUAUCUUACAAGGGUGACCCCAGAAGCUGUACUAUUCUGUGGGUUUGGGAAUAGUGAUUUCCCAGGAAAGUCCAUUUGGAUUCAUUGCUAACUCUGACAUUUUCUCUGGGCUGCAGUGACACAUUGCCACAUGGGUAGGGUGUAGUGUUCACAGAGCCCAAACCAGGAUGAUCGUGAUGUCUUUGUACAGGAGGAAAGGGGAACAUGAGAUGCCAGGCAGUCUGGGAACUUCUGAGGGUGUUACACCCUGAAGGAGUCAGUAAGAACUGAACCGUGAUCAGUUUCCCCUUGGUAGAAUCAUGUGCAUGUAUCUGCCUCUGUGUGCAUGUGUGAAAGUCCCUCUCGGUGUGUAUAUACUUGUGGGCACCUAUAUUUGAUAUCUUUCCUCAUCUCACAAAGUCCUCUGGGAAGCAGUGGUGGUAAUAUUGUUUCCAAGGACACAUGGAAUUCUUAAUGCCAGAUUAAUGAGUUAUUCGGAAUGAACCAUUUUAGCCCCCAUUGAGAAAUACAGGAACCAUAAGUAUCUUGGCUGCUGUGGUUGUGCUGCUCAUCUCUCGUGGCAUCAUUGCAGUCAUGCAUGGCCUCUAUUUCCCUCACUGAAGAACUUUAGCUCAGGCAUCUGUGCUGACUUCGGUAGGUAGCAGCUUCAUGAAGGAGGAAACUGUUCAGUGACUGAUAAAAGCUGGCAUGCAGGAGGCCAAUUUUUAGAAUUUUUUGGUUUGUGCCUGUUUUAGUAUCUCAAAACCAAGAAAACCAUAGAAUAAAUCCUCUCGUGUGUACAUGCUGGUGUUUUAGUAGCCAUUUGUUCUGAUAAAGUAUCAGUUACUUCAAGUUUUAUGCAAAAGUUUUUAAAUUAGAUUCAAAAUAUCUUUUGGUACACUUCUACUUCAUUAUAAGACAAAUACAAUGUAAAAGAAGAGCAAGGAACUGCCUUGCCCUGCUGUUUCUUGAGUUUGAGAGGAGGUUGUUUCUUACUACUACUCCUGCUUUUGUGGGGAAAAGUUUUCUCAGAAGAGUUAGUGGUUGGCUGUUUAGCUAAUGGCUUACAUAUCAUUUACAGAUACAACUGUUGCUUUUCAGGUAUUUGCCUAACAAAGGUUUUGUUCUAUCAGUUUUUUCAAGUAGAUGAUACAAUGGACAACUGUAGAGACGAGGUAUGUGGCUGAUGUGGUGAGAGCAGGUGUACACUUAGAAGAAUGAUUGGUAUUUUAGGGAGCGGAAUUCAUUGGAGGUUGAAGUGUAGUAUGAUGUGGAAUUUGAGCAGUACAUAUUCUCUGGUUUGCUCUGUUAAGUGCAGUUUCCAUAUGCUGACUUAGAAAUACUAUUCUUGUCACCUGAAGGAGAGCUCCUAGGAUUAUUAUGAAAGUCAUGCCUGCCAUAUUUAUCAGAUUCAUCUCUCUACGAAGUCAUUAGGAUCCUUGAUGUUUAAGAGUAGUAGUCAGAUGAGGAGAGAAACUGGUGGAGGAGAUCAGGGCUCUACUGAGUUCCAUGCAAGUGAGUUGCAAUCCUCAUAUAAACCAAACCCACUACUUAACAGGCAGUAACCCUCUACCUUCUCCAUCCUCAAAUACAUGGACUUGCCAGGUCUUUCCCAGAUUUGCUCUAAACUCAAGUUAGUAGCUAAAUAAUUGGAGCCUGACAGGGUCAAGGAAGAAAAAUGUUGAAGAUCUCUCUUCUGUUAAAGAGAAAUAUGUGGCCUAAGCUGCUCCAUUUUUGAUUUCUGAUUUUUUUUUAAACAUGGAAUAUGAUUUAGAAGAAGGAUGAGAUUAGAUGACAUUUGACUGCAAAAAAUGUUUAUAAAUAAACAGCCUAGCCUUACAUUUUGGUAUAAAGUUGUGAACUUCAUAACUUUGUAAAGCAAGAUAUAAUGCAAAUACAGAGGAAAAUAAAAUACUUUUACUAAUGAC